AUGGAUUCUGUCAUUAUGUCCCAAGUUCUCACCCAAACUACCCAACCGGGUAAAAGCGGACGAACAGAAAAAUUCGUGGACACUCUUAUCAAUUUUCGGCAAAAGUAUCAGAACUCGCUUGAUGAAGUUUCUGAGACAUCGAAAAAUGCCGUUCGUAAAAGCAUCAGUAUGCUCAAUCAUGAACAGAAUUGGAAAUCACUCCAGAAGUUACUAAUCCAAAUGUGCACUGAUGAUCGUGGUACCAAAUUGUUCGAAUUCAUUCAUGCUAUAUUCACAUUACUGCCUAUUCUACCCCAAUCGAGUGAAACUGAAACCAUCUCGACGAAUUCAAUGAAAUUCAUGAUGCGGGCACUUACCGAAGCGGAUAUCUCAGUUCCAAACUUCUUUGGAAUGUACAAUGAUUUAAUGGUGCAAUUGAAGGAUGCUCCGAAUCGUGUGCUCAUUGAACUUGUUAAUUAUAUCUCAUCCGAUUUGAAACAAGCAAAUGAGCGGUUUAUCGAGACAAUGCCGGAUGCGGAGAAUGUAGAAAAUAUUAGAGUAAAAGACGAUUCGGCGAAAAGAUCAUUCAAUCAGAGGUGGAAAGAUUUUGUGGCUGUUUUGAUCAAGAAAAUCCAGGAUGUAGAGCAGCUGCUUGAAAACAUACAUUUCUUUCAGUUGGAUUACAAUGAUGAUCUCUUGUCUGGAAGAGAGACUGCUGACAAUAUCAUAUUUGAAUGGCUAAAACUCACCGAAGAUGUGAAUGCAUUCGAACUGCUCUCUGAAAUUGCUGAAACUUUCUGUAUUGACCGCUUUUGUGACGAAGUGAUUGCACUAGAAAUUGGAAUCGACUGGUCUUCUGAUCAUCUGGACCUGGAAAAAAAGAGAAGAGGAAUCAUGACGUGGAAAUCAAUCAUCCUCACCACGAAAACUGAGAAAGACAAAUUGACAAGGCUGUGGACCGGAGUUAUCGGAGCAUGGGAGAUUGAUGAGAAUUUCGAAAAGGAGAAGAAUGACAGGAGAGAACUAUCAAGCGACUUGGAGCAAAGCGUUCUUGUGGGACACAGAGUUUUAAGCAACAACUUGGAAUCCGCUCGGAAAUUCCUGUUUCUAAUCAGAGUAAACCCUAAUUUAAACGAAAAAUAUCGAGUCCUGAGUAGUGAGAUUGGAUUGAUUUUUUCUCUGAUUCAAUGCAGUUUGGAUAGGAAUGAUGCUAUGGCUGACAUGAAGAAAUCACUACAGCGACUAUGGAGAAUAGGUGAACAAGCAGAGGAUUGUGUAUGGAUCUCAGAUAUUGCAUGUGGUCGUCUCCUCCGUCUGGUGGAUCUCCAGUUACGAAUCAUUUCGGAAAGUCUGAUAUCAAACGAUUAUCUGCGACAACUUCUGAGUCGACCGAUGUUUUCUUUGAUGCUCUCUCUUCUUGAUACCCCAGCUUACCAAAAACAGGUUGUUGUGGUAGACGGACGUGUUGCUGAUGGAUGUGCGCUUUGGCUACUUAGUAGAGAUCUUCUUAUUACUGUAUCAAGGGCUCAGGUGGAUAUGGGAACCCAUCUUUCCAAUCUUUUCAAAGCUAUUGCGUCGUCCUCUAGCAAUUCAUCCGCACUGGUUUUGAUAGAUGUCUUAAGAGAACUUGUUAGAAAGUGCUCAGUGGAGAUUUUAAACAACUCAAGACUGAUCGAUGGACUUUUCGACUACGUCUGUCGAAUGCGUAGAGAUAUAGCUGUUUCUCUCAUCAGAUGUCUCAUUCCAAUCAUCAAUACAAGACCACAAUUGAGGAAUUCGCUUUUCAAAAGUCUCAAAAAGGAUCUUCUCUGUGAAUCAACAGUCAGUUCUGCGGUUCCGAUCGUUCUUCUACUCCUACGUAGUGUGAGUAAACGAAGAGAAGAUGGAGGCGGUGGACAAUUCGAUCAUUCGAUGUCUCAAUCAUUUGGAACGUUUAGUACACAAACAUUGAAUAGUAUGGGCUGUAAGAAAAAUGUCGAUCAAGCUGUUGGACUCGAGCUGAUCGGAAUCGUUAGAAGAUGUUUGUGGCAACCGGCAAAAACGAAAAUUGCUCUGUACGACGGAAUUUGCGAGUUAGCAACUCAAACAUCUACAAUGCUCAAUCAAUUUUUGGAUAUGAUUGUAUCGCAUUCUAAAACGGUCCCGGAAUGGAAAAGAAGCGAUAUGACGACCACAAACGGAAGUCAGGUAUACCUUGUCGAACCUGUCCCUCAUCUUAUUCAGACACUGGAAUGUCUGAUAAGUGAAUUGUCUUCAUUUGAUCCGGAAUUUAAAUUGGAAGGUACUGAAGUGCUUCUGAGACAAGGAGCGAAUCAGAUGGAGACCUGGGUCGAAUAUGCAAUGAGAAGUGAUGCAACAGAUAUGGGAUUGGAUAGAAAUACUGAGUGGACUACUGGCACUGUCAACGGAAGGUCUUCUCUUCUUUUUUCUCAAAUGAUAUUGAGCUCUUACGACGUACUAAUCGAGCACAUAUGGCGAAGAUUUGAAGCUAUGGGAACUAAAGAAGAUAUUGAAAAGCUUGUGAUACUUUUGAAUAGGAAGAAUGAAUUAGAUCGCUUGUUCAAAGAAAAGACAGUCAGGAAAGAGAAAGAUAAGGAAACGGAGAAAGAGAAGGAGAAAGAAGAGAAGAUGGACACUUCUGAAUCCGAAAUCCUUAGUAGUGCAAAAACAUUGGCUUCCAUUAUGAAACGAUUGAUAUCACAACCGGAUGCGGAUAGCACCAACGCUAGUUCGGAUAUGUUAGUGGAUGUUCAAAUGGAGCUUCUUGAAUGGGCGAUUGGAAGAACUAAAGUUCUGUCAACUGAUCUUGUCAAAGAGUAUCGUCCACUCCACUCGAUUCUUUCUGGAACCAAUAGUUUGAUUUCGCUAUCGAAAAGUCUCAUUGACUUCUAUGUUGGAAACAAAUGCUCGCCAUGGGCAAGCGAAAUAAAAAUGGGAAAUCCGAUGAAAACCCUUGCUAUGGAAAGUUACGCUAACAUUUUGGAGUUUCUUGGAAUCAAAUAUAAGCAAGCACCAUCUAGGGUUACGAUGUCAUGGUUCGAGGAGAAAGAAGGAGAAGAUGAGGAAACUAGUAGAAAGAGAAAGGAACCAAAUAUUCUUGCGGUAUUUACUGUUCAAAUUCUCACUUAUAUGAUACAGUUGGGUUUUCAGCUUCGUCAAGCUCAUUUCCUCUCUUGCCGUUUGUUCCGACAAAUUCUUGAAAUUGAAAACGAAGAAAUUGAAGAAGAUAAGAAACCGAAAGCGCAGUACGAGAUGCAAGAAAGGGCCAUUCUGAGGGCAGCUUCCGCUGCAAUAGGCAUGGCCAAGAAUGUGAAAGUGUGGUCCAACCUUUUCGUACGCAUCAUCAAAGUUUUGGAGGAUGAAACGUUUUAUAACAACCAAAUGCUUCGAGACUACUGUAAAUUCAUCACAACUUGUAGUCUUCGUUGUGCUGAAUCUGACAAAACUUCAUCGAAAGAGAUGAUUGUGAUCAUGGAAAAUGUUUUAGAGUUUUUGAGUGAAGAAUCGGAAGACAUCAAAUAUCACUUCAUCUCAAAAACAACACUCAAUAUUGCAUUCGAGUUUCAGUUCAGCUACAUAGAAAAAUCGCUGGCUUUGAUUAGAGAAGCAUUCGGAUUUCAGAAAGACUUUUUCGUGAAGCCACCAGUCUGUGAGUUUUUGAAUUGUGAUUCUUAUUAUUGCUUGAAUUUUUCAGUUGAUGGGAUGCUGCAUUCACUUCUCACCAAAUGCAUGGAAAUAACUGAAUUGGUGUCCCGAGCUCUUCAAAUUUUCGUUCAAUACAAAAUGAUGCAGGAACGAGUCACAGAAGUGUUAACCAGCUACUUCACCACAAUUCAGAUGUCUGUUGUCUUGCUUCAAAACUUGACCAAAGGCUGGGGAAGAUCUAUGUCAGACUGGCAGAGUGUUGAUCUACUUGCUGAAUUGGUGAAAACGAAAUUGAGACCAAUUCUGGCCAUGGUUGAUGAUCAUAUUGGAUUCUCGAAAGGAAAGGAAGAAAUGAAGAAGAAAAUUUCACAGAAGACGAGAUAUGCGAAAUCGAAGAGAGAUGAAAAGCUCUUUUCCAAAUUUUCUCAUGAGAGAGAAGCGGUCCAACAUGGAAUUUUAGUGCUCUGCAAGCUGAUCAAAGACGAACGUUUCGAUUUGCAAAUCAAAAAUAACUCGAUCGGUUAUCGUGAUUUCCGUAUAGACAUGGCAGUUCUCCGCAGCAAAUUCAGCGGGGAAACCAACGAUGAAGUUCGGGAGCCAGUUCACAAAAGACGUCGCAGGGAGCAAAGCGACGAGAAUGAAGAGUUGAUGAAUGAAACCGAAGAAAAUACUACAGAAACGGCGGCAACGACGAAUGCAGGAAGCUCCGAAGAGCCAGAAGAGCAAGAACGAGAAGAAGAGCCGAGAGAAGCAGAACACACAGUCAAUGAGGUAAAGCAAGAACCGGAAGAUGAUUAUGAAGCCAGAGAUAUCUCGAGAGGAACCAGCCCAGUCUUCUGA